AUGGCGGAAAGCAAGGUAUCUCUCAUCGAUCAAGUUAUCCGCAAUCUUCAACCCUUCCUAUCAGACCGCAACAGAGAAGAUGGCACCCAGGACCCCAACAUCAAUAUGCCUCCUCAAGUGUCUUCUUCACCAGGAGCCCAGUCGAAUGGUGGCCGGAAACUAGAAACAGUCACAAAUAUACCACGACCCGAGUCCAAAUCAGAGGCCGAGGCCGCUAAAUCUAUCGCUGCAAUGUUGAAUGUCCAAGGCCACAAGUCCGUGGAAGAUCUACCGGUACAUCUAGGCCUGGGCACGAGGCUCGAUGCAGGAACCAAUCACGAGCGAAAACCCGAUGACGACCUCCCCGCCAUUUCACAACCUCAUCACCACCACCAACAAAUUACCACAAGAGAGUAUCUCCUCGAAUCGAGCCAUUCCCGCAGAGCCCUCAGCAAGGAGAUCGACAUCGAAGCAUGCGCAAGAGAAGGAGACCUGAAAUACAAAGGAGAAGACCAGAACCAGGGGCCCAGCGCUGCAGAUGAGGUCGGGGAGAUGUCCGAGAGAAGCUCUGGGACAAAGAGACAAACGCGCAACAGCUCUCAGUCCCAGGCCAGGUUUGCUGAGAGCACAGGACCCGUAGCCUACGAUACAGAUACCUUGGGUACAGUCGACGACGAGGGGAAGAAGGUUAAGGAGGUUGUGGCUGAACAAUUUUUUCCUGUGAUAUCGGUGAGGAGAGUCACCCCACCACCCCGAGAUCUCAGAUCGGCACAGAAGCAAUCGGCAGAGAAGCAGAGAAAUACUGCCGGAUCAGUUGAUCUGACAAAGGAAGAAAUCAACGCGUCUUCUCCCGAGGCCCACGACGACAAGGCACACGACGACAAGGCACACGACGACAAGGCCGCCACCAAGAGCGACGACGCGCUAGAGAGCCAGUCAGAGUGGCGUCGACGCAUGCAAAUUCGCUAUUUUGGAACUUCAACCUGUGCGCCAGAUUAUGGACCCAUUGCGUCUGCUCCAAAAUCCGCAAAGGAGGUUGAAGAAGUCGAGGAGAUGGUAUAUUAUUACUGGGAAUCGAUGGGACCUUGUGCUAAUGUUGAGAAGCCCCGAAACCUAGGCGGCGGUGUCCAGCCGAUAAAUAGACUGGCAAACAAGACCACGAUUCCCGCAAACAAAUCACUGAAACCGAAAACUUUCGACCUGACCUCAGGCCCCGAACACGAUGCCUCCAGACAGCCACCAAGUAAGAGGCAGCGAGUCGAAGGUACGACCCAUGGCACAGCUAUCGACAUUGAAGAGACACCACAACCUUCAAGCCACAGAGCGACAUCUUCACAGAGAUCGGGACACAGUCGCGAACGCAAUGGCUCUGGAAGAACCUUUAGUCUCGGGGAAAGACGUGUACCAGAGCAACAAAAGGUAGAGAGUUUCAUGAAAGUACCAAGAGGACGAAAAGACCGGAAGAAACGGGCCAACGGCUCUACCGAGAGGUACCCUUCAGCCGCCAGUCGACAAAAUACGGAGGAGCCUUUUUCCGCCCUUACAGGCUCUUUGGAUAAGCCCCCGACGGUCAUCAGCGGCCCUCAUCGAUUCAGCAACUCAUUUAUUGAGCGUCACCAAGAUAACGCCGACGAUCCUAUUUUCGACGAAGAAACGGAGACUGUUUCAACAUCCAAGAAGGCGGGACCCAUGUCGAACAGAGACACCGGCCCCAAAUUUCAGGAUGCGAGCAGCCAUGAAUUUACAUUGAAGCCAAAAUUCUCAGGUAACACCCGUCUCAGACAAGCGCAAGAAAACUUCAAAGCAGGACCUUCCAGGACAAGCACUGGAGAAACGUCUUGGCACUUUGCCGAUCCUGGACCACGAGGCAUGGGCGUAUCAAGUCUCCAUUCUGUUAGUAGCUCUGCCGUACCGAUUGCUUCUCGCGCAGCGAAACAGCAGAUCAAUAAGAGUGACCAUGACUCGGAAAUAGACGAACUUGUUGAUCCAGACUUGCACCCAGCCCAUGAACUCUUGAAAUCUCACAAGAUCCAGAAGCAGUCGCCGGCCAAUUCUAAUGAAGAGAACAGCCGGAAGCAGUCUUUCACUGUGGACGAGUCGAGCGAAGACGAAACAGGCAAAAGUGCGGAUAUUGCCCCGACUAAGUAUGGCUCAUCGAAAACGAAGGCAAAGAAUGUACUCGGAGAAGAAUUGUACAAGGUAUCUCAAUUCUUCUCAGAGUCUAAUGACUGGCUGCUCAAAGAAUUGACCCGAUCUGGGGUCCUAAAGCACGAUAAGAAUAGUGGCUUACUUGCCUUUGCGGCAGAAGACACCCCGAGAAUUGAGUUUUCAAGCAACAAGGUGGAAAGAAUUGAAAGCUGCCGCACGAGCUCGAAGAUGGUGAUUCACAAGCCCAGAGACCAGGAUGGUGCUCCCAAAUUGUACAUCGAAUUCGGAAGUUCGGAUCUGUGUCAACAGCUCUACGAAGAGCUCAAAUCCAUCCACCCUAACAUUCGCGCAAUAACAAGAAUGGAGGAAUACCUGGACAAUGCCUUUAAGCAUGUGCCUUCGAAACUGCAUCAGCGUAAAAGCCGGCAAGCUCUGCUAUCUGCAGAGCCGGAUGACCUACGGUUAGCCAAAGCCAAUUCUCAGAGAAGGCAAAAGGCAAAUGGACUAUGGGAUAGAGGACCUCGGAUCUCAGAAAAGCACGAUGACGCAUAUCAGCAAGAGGGCAAGCCUGUUAGAGGAACUCGGGUGUCUGCUGGUCUCGCCAAGAAAAUGGGUGGAUGCCCCGAUAGUCCAGACCUUUUGAAAGGGCCGCAUGUACGCAAAAAUGACGAGCUCAGUGCCCUGACUUUUUACGGUGAUUCGAGUCGCGCCACACCCAAGGAAUCCUUUGCCCGUAAAACUCGCUCUCGGGAGUUUUCAAGUCACGGAGCACCAUCAGCACCUGCCCCCCGUCAGCCACGGUUGCAGCGAUCACCAACACCAGAUCCCCCGCGUUGGACAGUGCAGAACAAAGGAUGGGAAAAGAAAUACUGGCCGAAUGGUAAUUCGGUCAUCUAUCCUUCCGAAGGGAAGAAUAAAGCUUCAGUGGAUCGACAAGAUAUCGAGCGACUGGAUGAAGGAGAAUUUCUGAACGACAACCUGAUCGUGUUCUACCUUCGCUGGCUAGAACAUCGACUCGGUCAGGAGCGACCAGACUUGGCGAAACGUAUUUACUUCCACAACACGUUUUUCUACGAGAGGUUGACCAAGUCAGCUAGAGGCAAGCCAGGUGGUAUCAACCACGAAGCUGUUGCUCGCUGGACAUCAAAGGUAGACUUACUCCAGUAUGAUUACAUCGUUAUCCCAGUCAAUGAGACCGUUCAUUGGUAUGUCGCGAUCAUCUGCAAUGCACCAAAACUUCUCGAGGAGUGCUCCAAGGAGGCACCGAGCCCACCAAUACAGAACAAGACUUCAGAAGAUGAGUCAAAGGAGCCUAGAUCACAAGAUGGAUCGACUUCUCGUCUACCCUCACCUCAGUAUUUGCCUGGGAAAUUACCAGCAAGUGACUCCUCAAUAGCCGUGGAUACAAACACGAUGGAUUUGAGCUUGGAGAAUUAUGGGAAGAAAUCGCCCGUUCGUGGAGGCGAGCAUGACAGAAACCUCAUCAACGACGCCCCAGGUGCUGUUGAAGGGACUGGAUUGGAAAUAGACGACGCGCCGCCAGCAAACAUUACUUCAGAUGUAAUGCCGGACCCUACGAACGCGCCGCCAGCGAAUGUGGUGUCAGAUCUGCCACCUGAUUUGAUCGAGACAGAUCAAUCUCAGACGAAGCAGGUCAGGCGCAGAUCGACAGCACCUAUUCGCAAAUACGACCCUACAGAACCACGGAUCAUCACACUCGAUUCUCUUGGCAUAGCGCACUCUCCGACUUGUUCCAAUUUGAAGAAGUAUUUGAUACAAGAAAUCAAGGACAAAAAGAACAUCGAAAUCAAAGAUCCGGGCAACCUUGGUAUGACUGCUAAAGGCAUACCACAACAGGAUAACCAUUGCGAUUGUGGCCUGUUCCUGCUCACCUACAUUGAACAGUUCCUGCAGAAGCCAGACCAGUUCAUUGAGGGCAUCUUGCAAGGGAGUCUGAGGGACUAUGUCACUAUCGAUGACGAUCAGGAGUGGCCACCAGCAUCAAAAAUGCGCAAUGAUAUUAGAGAGCUCUUGUUCGACCUUCAGAGAAAGCAAGCGGAGGCCGAAGCUGAGAGAAAGGCAAAGGCCAAAAGCAAGAAAGCCUCAAAGACCCCGGAGAAAGACGCCUCUGCGCUCACGUCCAAUACUGCGUCUCGGGAGGCGUCAAAGAGUAAUGGAACUUCUCCUGUGCCGGAUGAAGCUCAAAUAUCGCCGGGGAGAUUUGUUGCUAAGCCUGUUCAGACACUGGAGAACUCCGAAAAGCGUCAGCGGUCUAAGUUGGCCGUUUCCCCCGAAAAUGGCGAUUCAGAAUUGCUAGACCCGUCUGGGUUGGCAAAGCUGGACGCUCUAGAAGCACCCACAGAAGAGGUGCGUGGCAAAUCUCAAAAGACUACAAGUGGUGAACCCAACCUGUUAACAAGAGUUCUCUCAAAGGCAGCUCGGGCAUUAUUUGGUGGGCUCGAUAAAGAUUCAGCUAUUAUUCUAGGGGCGGAAGGCGCUCCCUACGAGAUUCUGGACGACUCCACGCAAGACGUCGAUGCCAAUGAGGCACUUAUGCCUGCGAAAAGAACCACAAUCCAGAUGCACAGUGACAGGCUAGGGCAACGCAAGCAAUCUCAAUCUGCCAAGCGUUCGCGAGAGAAAGAAGAGAUUCCAGACUCUCAAGAAGAUGUGCCUGAAUAUCGAGUUCUGCAUCAUCCUCCUCCUUUAAGUAGCCCUCAUGAAAUAGGCGAAAACGAGUGGAAGAAGGGCAAGCAUAAAAGUUUCUCUUCUCCUACGUCAGAACAGGAACAUUCAUUUACUGAUCGACUCAAACGUUCUCGGCACAAUGCUAUGGCUACAGGGCGUCUUGAAUCUCCUUCGCAUCUUUCAGAGGAACACGAGGAGAGCAUUGGUGGAGAACUGCAUGAGAUUCAAGAGCACAACGUUAGUGUAGCUGAAGACGAUGAAUUACAACUCGUUUCUACAACGCCGAAAAUUCAAGCAGGUGUGGGUGGACAUGCUUCCGCCACUCAGGAGGGCGAUGAUGUCGACUGGCAUUUCUCCAAGCGACCUCCGCCGGAUGCCUCUCUACUGGAAUCGUCAUCGCCUCCUGUCGCUUACUCUCAAACUCCAACCACCGCCAAACGAGGACGCGAGGAUCGAAGCGAGGAUCGAAGCGAGGAUCGAAGAGCGCUGCAGCUAUCUCCAGCCACCGUCAAAAAGCAAAAGCGGGAUGACGGUAAUCCACGCCAGGGGCGGCGCCGCUCUCCCUUCAAGCCGUUAGAGCGUCGUGGGCCCAUGAUUCGAGAUCCUUCGGAUUUGCAGAUCAUCGGAUCGUCGGCGUUAUGA